AUGGCUUCCGUGCGAGUGAGAUUAUUUACAUUGAUUAUUAUAAUGUUUUUGCUCUCGCAAAGAUGGUGGUUACCACUUGGGCACAUUUUCUUCAAUCUCGUAGCGCUCUCGAGUCGUUGGCACUACGCUUCUGCGGAGGCUUUCAUUUCGAAGGAGCAUGAUGAUUUCGAUGUGACGUUCGCCUCAUACGCUGCCAAUCAGAGUACCUCUGGUUUUGGAUAUGGAGAUGUGAUACCGCCUAUUAUGCACCAUAUAAAUUUGGGGUCCAAGCAGCCACGGCCGGAGUGGAUGGCGGCUCGAGAUGAGUGCAUCAGAUAUCAUCCACAUUGGAAGGCGUAUAUCUGGGACGACGGGGCGUCCGAGAGACUUGUUAGGGAAGAAUUUCCUCAUCUCAAAGAUAUGUGGGACAAUUAUCGCUUUCCAGUGGAACGCGUUGAUGCUCUACGAUACAUGAUUCUGCAGACAUACGGGGGUGUCGUUCUUGACUUUGACCUCUCUUGCAAGCGAAGCCUAGGGCCCCUGAGACGCUUCGAGUUUGUAGCUCCAGCCGCUCAUCCGACAGGCUUCUCCAUUGGCUUUAUGAUGUCCAGCCAAGGCAAUCCUUUUGUGCAGGAGCUUGUCAACAACCUGCCUAGAUAUAACUAUGUUUGGUUCUUCCUUCCCUAUGUGGCUGUCAUGUUUAGCACUGGCUGUCAUUAUGCAUCUACUAUCUUUACUCUUCAAGAGCACCACUCUACACUUCGAAUACUUGGUGGUAUUCCUGGCUCUCCACACUUACACAUGCUGAACGGAUUCGCUGAGACACCGUUGUUCCGCCAUCUCGGAUCAUCAUCCUGGCACAGCUUCGACGCUUCUCUCAUUAACUGGCUUGGCCAUCUAAACAAGGGGUCUGUUAUUGGUCUAACUGUUGUCUCUUUCAUGACUUCGGUAAUAAUAAUACUAUGUCUAAUGUGUCUACGGCGAAAUUAUUGCUCUACAUUACGAAGCGGAUCGAGUAUUGACAAAUACUGUUUGGAUAGUGGAAUAACUUGCAUCAAGGAGGCAUAG